UUUUUCUCUAAAACUUUGGUCGUUAAUUCAAGUUAGUCUCGGUGUUAUCCAUUAGAUUAGUGUCGACUGGAAUAUCACAUUCAGCCACUGUGCUAGCUGUUUCCGGUUUAUCUCUGAACACACACCGACAUCUGUUAGCUCUUAGCAGCCGCGGCUAACGGUCAGUUUACAGUCAGUAGCAGCUUCCGGUCACUGAUGGAAGUCUCGUCAGACAGAAACGAUGGAGGAGGCAACACAGACCAGAGGAGCUCAGCAAGAAGAGAACUCGGGGAUGAAGAGGAAGCAUGUUGAAGAUGAAGAAGAGAAGAUGUCACCUAGCAAGAAGCAGGUGCUUGAUCACGGUGUGAAGGUGGCAAGUCACUACAACCAGCUGCAGGAAGUUGGCCGGGCAGCUCGUAGCAGAAGCCGAAUCUUCUUCAUGAGGAACUUCAACAACUGGCUGAAGAGUGUUCUAAUUGGUGAGAUCUUGGAGCAGGUAAGAGGGGCGGGAUCUCAGCAGGUGUCUGUGUUGGACCUUGGUUGUGGAAAAGGAGGAGACCUACUGAAGUGGAGAAGAGGAGGAAUCGAUCACCUGGUCUGUGCAGAUAUUGCAGGGGUUUCUGUGGAACAAUGUCAGAUUCGUUAUGACGAGAUGAAAAAAAAGAGUCACCGUAACGAGAAAAUCUUCACUGCUGAAUUCAUCACGGCAGACUGUUCAAAGGAGUUGUUGUCAGAGAAACUGGAUGAUGCUGAGCUUAUGUUCGACAUCUGCAGCUGUCAGUUUGUGUAUCAUUACUCAUUUGAGAGUGAGCAGAAGGCUAAUAUGAUGCUGAGAAAUGCCUGUGAGCGUCUUAAACCUGGAGGGUACUUCAUCGGUACAACGCCAGAUGCCUUUGAACUUGUUAAACGUUUGGAGGCAUCUGAUUCGCUGUCAUUUGGUAAUGAGGUUUUCAAAGUGACCUUUCAGUCCAAAGGUUCCUACCCUCUGUUCGGAUGUCAGUAUCACUUUAACCUCGAGGAAGUCGUCAACGUUCCAGAGUUCCUCGUCUACUUUCCUCUCUUUGAACACAUGGCGAAGCAGUACAAUAUGCAGCUGGUGCUGAAACAAAGAUUUGCGGAUUUCUUUGAGGAGAAGGUGAAGAAGGAGAAUCAUCGCAGCCUCAUGAUGAAGAUGAUGGCUCUGGAGCCAUUUCCCAGUGAGGAUGGUCUUCAAGCCUCAGACAGUGCAGAGGAAUACUGUCAUGCUAAAGAGCACUGUGACCGAGCCGACGUCAGAACUCCCCUGGGAACGCUGAGCAGAUCUGAGUGGGAAGCUACCAGUAUCUACCUGGUGUUUGUGUUCCAGAAGAUGUCCUGAUGCUGCGCUCAUCUGCUGCUGUUUGUCUCACUGUUCUUCAGCUCAUAUUUGUGUUUCU